AUGUCACCAAAAUUGGAAGUCGUAAGCCGAAACAACACACAAAAUCUAGCGAUGUCUGAGAUCUCUGACGCUGAGAAGCGUCGUAUCCUAAGGGAGAAAAGGCAACAGAAGUUCAAUAAGGGCGGCGCCUCUUCUAGAUUGGCGAAAAUCACAGGCCAAACAGAAAACAGCUUUCUAUCAACAGAAUCUCCAUUAGAUUCUAGAGAAAGCACAUACCCCGCCCAGGAAACCAAGGCCCCAGCAGGCAAUGAGGACUCCACAAAACAGAUGGACGAACUUCUGGCCAAAGCAACCUCGAAGACAACCUCAAAGGCAUCGUCCCCACCAGGGUCCGCGGAGCAGCAGAAUGGCAACCCUGAGCUCGAUCUGUUUGCACAGAUCGCCAAGCUCCAGCAGAACGCGAACAACGAAACCGUUUCUACUGACCCUAGUGGAACCCCUGACAUUUUUGCGCAGCUAAUGGCAUCCAUGCAGCAGGACGAAGCCAAGGGCGGUAGCCCUGGAGCAACAGCUCAGCAGCCUAUAGACCCAGCUAUUGUCGAAGCGCACAAUAUAGCGGUGAACAAACUGAAGUCAUACACAAUUCUUGUCAAAUGGCUGUUCUUUUUGCUUCCUUACCUUUACUACAUCACUCACUCCGCGCGGGACCCUUUCCAACACAACGCAGUCAACUACGUCCUCGACAGGUCUAACUUCUUCACGGUAUUUACCACCUUUGAAAUUGUGGCGCUUUCCGUUUACUACCAACUGCUCAUGUCUGCGGAGAAAUCACACAAUGUCAAUACUCUUGACAACAACAGUAAGAUUCUCAAGCUAGUGUCAAUGGUUCCACCAGGCCUGGUGCCGAUACCUAACUUAAGAGGAAAAGUGGCCCAAGCCUUGCAGUACUGGGAUGUCGUGUCCAUGUAUCUCACAGAUCUGUGUUUCGCCAUCGUGCUCGCCGGACUUUUCCAGUACUAUCAUUCGAUGUAA